CGUCAAAUCGUUCUAGACGGACAACCUGCCAUUGUCAUCAUCAUUAGCUCGUCCAAAGUGAAUCGGUUCGGUCGUGUGUACGAAAUCGUUCGGUGCUUUUCCCUAAUUCCGGGUAAAAAACCAACAGGAGCAGCAUUUGCGUGUUCUCGGAGACUCAGUUGCGCGGAAGUACGAUAGAAUCGUGUACCAGCCAAAGAAACCGGGUAGAUAGGCCGUGAAAAUGAUUUCCCCGAAAUACGUAAAAGGUGCACUGCUGGUGGCGAUGAUUGCGCUGCUCACGGUGAACGCAGUGCCCGCAACGUCAGCAGUUGAUGAUGCUCCCAAAAUCGAUACGACCAUUACGCAGGAAGGAACGACACAAAGCCUGCCAUCAACCACACAGGCUCCCCCUGAUGACAAAAAUACGACGGUGCCAACAACAUCCACUAGCACCACUCCAGCCACUACCACGGAAACAACAUCUUCUACCACCACCACCACCACCUCCACUACACCAGAGACGACUACUACCAGCACGACCGUGACACCUCCUACUACGCCUUCCACCACCAGUACCACCUCUACCACAGAGAAGCCCACUACGCCAACCCCCGCUCCAACGACGUCAUCGACUGAAACUCCUACAACUGCCGCACCGCCGACCCCGGCGCCACAUUGUAACCGGUUCGAUGCUUACUCCUUCGUUGGCGGUAUGAUCCUGGCCUACGGGUCGCUGGCCAUCUCUCUGGUGCUGUACAAAUUCUACAAAACGCACAUGAACCAGGCAAACAUCAAUGAUCCCCGCAACUACCGUACCCUGUAAAAAAACGCACGGGGUUGGUGAUCACCGCUGUGAUUCGCCAGUGAUUCAUGAUCUUUAUUUUUUGUUCUUUUCCGUUACUUUUUACCAUUUUUUUCUUUGUCCGUUUUAUAAUCAGUCCUUCCCACCGUCCAAAAACUGAAACUAAUGGGGGUGGUACAUUGGAAAACAACAGGAUCAGGAAGCUAUUAUUUUACGAUCUAAUAGUUCGAUUAUAUCGAAACUCGGUUGGUGUAGUAUAUAUAUCUAUAUAUUGGCCCUGGUAGUCGUUCUGCGGUAUGUUUUUGUAUUCUUUUUUGUCCGUUCCUAUUCUUACCUUUUGAUGCCAUUAAUGCUAUAGGUCUAAACCGGUGGGGCACAUGAAAUAUCCUUUUUUUAUUGGUUUCAUUUGCUAAGACAUAAUCAAAAAUUUCUUUUCCGAGUAAUAGUAGUAGUAUAAUCAAUGUUCCGCACGAACGUACACGAACUACUUUUUUCAUAACAUAUAUAUUACCAAAGUGCCAGUAGUAGUCGUCGAUCAGGGGAGUUUAUCAGUAAAAAUCCGUACAUCGCUGUGCUGGUGUCUUCGCUAAAGCACCCCAGUACGUGAUGAUGCAUUUAAAUCCAGUUGCCCGAAUCAGUAUGCGGGUGGCCCUUCAAAGAAACGGAUAACAAAAGCUUUUGUUUUCUCUUAAUUCUCUUAAUUAUUCCUUAAAAAUGCGAUACGUUUGUGGAAUACACCUACUUUCUGCGUAAUGUUUAUUGCUCAUUGUUUACUAAAAGAAGGAACUUUAGCAACAAAAAAAAAAAUGAAUUCAAAAGCAUAUGCACGUAACACUCACACGUUUAGCCUGCGUUCCGAUCCAAAUUUUUAUACCAAAACUCUAUCAGCUACUUGUAUUAUGCAUAAUUUACACACUACUUUAAAACUCACCCUUUAUACGAUAAUUCCCGGCCACUACCACAAUCCUGCACGGUGGUAUUCUGGCACAUCCAGCAACGCGAAUAAUAGGUCGAUGAAAUCAACAAGAAAAUAUCCCAUUGGCGCAGCAUUAUAAAAGGGGUAUAGGGAGAGUAUCGAAAUCGCGUGCACACACACACACAUCAUGUCUAUUAAUUACAUUACCUACCUACACUCCGUUGUUCUGCCGAUGUUGAUGGAUGGUGCGAGAUAAAUAAGCUAAAUUGUUAAUGUAAAAAAAGGAACAUCGUAUGAAAUAAAAAGAAAAGGCUGAGACAUCGAAAUAUCGCACCUGCUUGUAGCGAGAGAGAUUGAAGGAGAAAAGGGAAAAAACAGUGUACUUGCGUAAAUGUAACCGGAACACCGGGUUAUGACAGCGAAACAAAAUUGUGACUCUCGAAUGACGAAAGUGCUCUUAAGUAGAACUACACCCCAUGGUACGCGUUGUGCAAGGGGGGAGGGGAUGAAGGAAUAUUCCCAGCUUUUUAAGGCCGGCACACACAUCCGGGAGUGAAAUGCGAUCGCGAUCCCGCUCGAAAUCCGUUCAGCUGUGUCCAUUCUUGCGUUCAGUGUGUGUCUUUUUUCAAGCAAGCAAACUUCAAAAUAAGGACAGAAAGUCCCAAGAAGUGCGAUGGAAAGCUUUAGAUUUGUAACAAAAAUCGGCUCGCAAUUUUCAGUUUGUUAUGUUGCAUUUACACAGAAAAUCUAACUGUCAGAAAUAGCAAAGCUUUCCUAAUGUCCAUUCUGCUGACGAAUGACAACAAAAAGACAAUGUGAAAUGGCCACUUUCAGAAGUUGUGUAAGAUAUUUACAACGUAAAGAUCCUAAAAAUAAAGUUUCCUUUUCCGUAACAGCGAACGGAUUAG